AUGCCGACAACUCUCCUUCUCUUCAGUUUGGCAGCAAUAUUGUCCCUCUUCCACAUGGGGUACGUGCAUGUCUAAUACGUCUCAUGAAACUUGUUCACGCGACAAUGAUCCAAAAAUGUUUCAUUUAUGAUUUUAUAGAAUAUCUAACAAGUAUUUAGAUUUCGCUUUUUAUUUGUUGAUGUCUUUAUUUGCAAAAAAUGUACUCUCUCAAAUGUCAUGGGUAAGGUUGAGUGAAUCACGUGACUGCAGAUAUGCGGAACCUCGCACGCGAAGAAGAAACGUGACAAUUGUCGUUUCUGCCAUUGUCUGCACAUUCUUUCUGGGUACACAUUUAAUAGCGCUGGGUUGCGAUAAAUCUUUCCACAAUGAAGUACCAGCUAUUAAUAAUUGUUGUUGAGGGAAGUGCGUCCGGUGCGGGCGUAAUACGUGAACUUCCUCAGUCACUGCGUAUGUAGAAUGUUCUGACUAACACAUUUCAGUGCAACUGAUAAAUCGAUCUCCUUGUAGCAAGCACUUUCUCCAAAAAUACGGUAAAUUGACAAGCACCGUCCUUAGAAUUACAAUCUAAAUAUAGUGCAGAUCGUUCGACUGCUCUGGUAGUACUGAAAUGUUUUCUAAAAAACAGCAUGCCUGCGAAUAUGGCGUUUAGUAAAGGCGAGCACAUUUUAGUGAGGCAAUUUAAUGUUGGCGUUGAUGAAUAAUUAAAAGUGGAUGUAUGACAAGGAUGCUGUAGAAAAAAUUGUUGUCUUUCAGUCGCGGAAACAACCUGUGCUCUUGGAGCCAGCGAAUGAUUCCGAAGAAGGCCACUGGGGACAUUACGCUUGAGGUGCCGAUAGUGCAAAGCUAUUGGGUACGUCACUUAUAAAACGUACAUUCUUUGCAUUAUAUUUUGCUGUUAUAUAGUUCUGUUAAUGCAAGCUCCAUGUAUCACUUUUCAGAAUAAAUUGGAUGGUAAUUUAAUAAAAUCUGCUUGCAUAUGUUAAAGACAGGAUACCUUGGAAAUGAACAAUUCGGGACAUACGGUUGGGCAAAGGGAUGGUGCUCAUACAGUGAAGGCUAUUUCCGAUGUCCCUACACUGCACGUACGAUCGCUUUGCAUCUUUAUCCUGUCACUUAUUUUCUGGUUUGAAAACCCUCUUAUGUUACAUCUUGAUUAUUGUACAUUCACAUUAGUGCAUGACUUGAAAAAAACACAAUUUUUCUUUUUUCGAUUCGCAUGCGCAUACUCCACAAACACCACGAUAUCCUCCAUUGAAACACGCCAUGUCUGUGCUCGCAUUUCUCUUUAAGACGAUGGUUAUUAUGCAACGAGUGUAACUCUGCCGAACGUUGAGAAAAUCUCCUAUGCCAUGCUAGAAAGCGAAUUUCCAGUAACAAUUCACAAACCUGGCGAUGAGAGCAUUCGUAAGUUUUAUAAUUCCACAUUUUGAAGUCGCAAUAUUCUUUUGCAAUCCGUGCAAGGUUUGCCAGUGCAGAGAUAAAUUAGUUUGCUCGAACUUCUAAUUGAAGCAUUUAAUUUUAGCCGGCUUUUAUGUAGAAGAGGGCCAAAGGCUGGAUAUCUGUACAGACGGCAAAAGUGUACAUUUGGAAUUUUUGCUGAAUGGCAAAGAAUCGGACCUGCAGGAUGUGAGACAUGCUUAAAUUUACUCUGGUUAAACUCAUUAAAUGUUAAUUAAACAUAUCCUCACUAAUUAUCGUCUGCGUUUAAAGAUUCUCUGCUUUAGGUCAGGGCGAUAUUUAUGCUCCGGAUUGCGACGCCUCGGCACGCCAGAGAAUGAUAAGUGUGGUAGGUGACUUGUCCACAGACUGCCUGUUAUACCUCCCCCCCGUGCAUCGCAUAUAUCAAGGGCUGUCAUUAAUUUAACUCGUAACACAACACUGACCAUUAAUCCAUGUCUACUGUUUUGGAAUAAGGGGAGGAUCAGUAGCAUUGUUUGCCAAGAGAAAACAUUUUGCCAAAAGUUAUUUGAUAAAAUUUGGUGCAUUAUUACACGUGACUAGUGGAUGAUGAAAGCCCUCGGGAAUACCAUGGCGCACACACGGUCAGUCCGGAUUGGAGGUCGUAAUUCUUUUACACAGCGUAGACGUAAAGGGCAGCCACAUAUAAAUUUACAAUUCGGAGUUUCUUCAACUAUGGAAUCUGUCUCACAGCUUUAGGCAACCUAGGUGAUACAGUAAAUUUAUAAAUUGCUAUUUACAUAAUUCUCCUGUUUCUCUGGCUCUUAUGCAUCCGGUGAUUUUGUGGCCACAUUAGCAUAAAACAGACUGGGUUAUAAUAAGCCUUUGUUUAAUUCUACACCAGUCUUCACUGCUGAGAUUUCGUGUUAUAAACACGUAUCGAAUCACUGCUAUCUUCUCUAAUAAUUUAGCCUACAGCGAAAAGAAUGGUCGUUUGAGACUUGAAUUUAAUCUGGAUUACAAAUAUGCGGCAAGGUCUUUCGUGUACUGUUACGCAAACUGGGAAAGGACUAGAGCACUGACCUACAUUAUCGCCUGGAAAGGUUAGUUUUCGACAUCAUUAAUGCAAUUUUAAUGCGACAGAAAUGUCUUUUUAAUACUUACCUUGCUGGCGUCAACGCCCACCUUGUGUGUUAAUGACGGUCAGAUAGAAAACACUGAAGAAUUUGUCAGAAGCGCAUCUGAACUGGCCAGGAUUACACGAUAAUAGUCCUCCAACAUCCGCCAUGGUGCAGAUAUCUCCAUUUUAAUAAAGCUGGCAUGUAAAAAGUAGUCAAUUUAAGGUGAGUCGUAAUAACAAAUAAGACAUUAAAUAUGAACAAUUAUUUUAUUUGUAAUCGUCAGUGACUCUCCGAUUUGAUGCGAAUGUGGACCUCAAACUAAUUUUCACUCAAGCGAUUUCUGUUGCUCAGAUAACUGAUUUUACGCCCAAAAUCGCUCAGAUGUUGCGUUUUGUUGAAUUGCAGGCCCCGCCUAUCUUAACAACGUGGUGCAUUAG